GAUCAAUUCCCCACCCCUUUUCUUAAGCGGCUCCGGAGUGAGAACUAAGGAUUAGGUUCAGCUUAAUUUUAACCGAGGUUUAGCACCCCUUCAGCGCUAUUCCGUACGCUUCGGAAGUUAAUAUUUCUUUCUUCUCCAUGUCGUGGAUCAUGGAAUGCAGAUUGAUUGGUCUCCAUCGCGCAUCAGAUCAGUAAUAAAGGCUUACGGCUUACGCCAAGAGACUACGAGAAUGACAACCGAAGCACAAGUUGCUGGGAUUGAUGAGAAGAUAUGCUAUUAGGGAGUAUGGAUAAUGAAGCCCGACCGGUUCGAGUGUCACGGCCACGUAGAUCAAUAACCGCAUUCUUCCUGUUCGUGCCUCGUAAUAAGCAUGGCGACGGCCGCUAUGAGUGACUGUCGGUCCAGAGGCAUGUAUAUAAGAAGCAACUAGUUUGUAACAUCUGGUGAAUGGAAUGAUGCAAUAUCUUUGCGACAUUUUUUUUCAUCCAUUCCCGCAGGAUGUUGAAUUCUUCAUUCAAAUAGCAGUGGCACUAUUGAGAUUAUUCUUUGCUACAGGAAAGCCAAGUGUUAGAACAGUUUAGAAAAUAUCAUGGAGGGUGCGGCGCAUGGUUUCUCUGAGCAUGAGGGCCAUUCUAAGAGGAAUGGAACAGUCGAAACAGAUUUCUUGGUGAUCGGAGCAGGGCCCGCCGGGGCAGCGUUGGCGUGCUUUCUCAGUGCUUAUGGAUGCAAGGGCAUUAUGGUCAGUUCCGCUCCCGGAACAGCUGAUACUCCAAGGGCACACAUCACGAACAUGGCCACUCUCGAAUGCCUCCGAGAUAUUGGCCUAGACCAAGAGGCGACCAAGGUAGCAGUCAAGAACCACAUGUGUAUGCUCCACAACAGAUGGUGUCAUAGCAUGGCUGGUGAAGAAUAUGCGCGAAUAUAUUCCUGGGGCAACGAUCCGAAAAGAAAGGGCGAGUAUGAGAUGGCAAGCCCUUGUAGGCCAAUUGACCUCCCACAAACAUUGCUGGAGCCAAUCCUCAUCCGUCACGCCACCUCGAAGGGCUUCAAGGUACGAUUUGAUACGAAGUUGUUGUCCUUUGUUGAGAACGAGGAAGCUAGCCUCAUUACUGCAACAGUGCAAGAUAAGGUAUCCAAGCAGGAAUAUCAAAUUCAUUCCAAGUACUUGUUUGGAGCAGAUGGCGCUCGUAGCCAGGUUGUGAAGCAGCUCAAUCUCCCCUUGAAAGUCAAACCUGGCCAGGGGCUCGCGAUUAAUGUGUUGGUUAAAGCCGACCUCUCCCAUCUGCUAGAGCAUAGAAAUGGAAAUCUUCAUUGGGUGAUGCAGCCUGAUUGCGCACACCCAGAUUUUGGCUGGAUGGGCGUUGUACGCAUGGUAAAGCCAUGGAACGAAUGGCUGUUCAUCCUUUUUACGAGCCCCAAUUGCGACCCUGAUAUAAAUCCAACAAAAGAACAGUACAUGCAACGAGUACGGGAGUUCAUUGGCGACGACACGCCAGCAGAGAUCAUUGAUGUGUCCAAGUGGUUUAUUAAUGAGACCGUAGCCGAGAAAUACUCCCACGGGAACGUAUUUUGUCUGGGUGAUGCUGUCCAUCGCCACCCACCUUUCAAUGGGCUGGGGUCAAACACCGGUAUCCAAGAUGCUUUCAACCUAGCUUGGAAAAUUGCCUAUGUGCACAAGGGCCUUGCAUCACCCUCCCUGCUCGACAGUUACUCGGUAGAGAGGCAGCCUGUUGGUGAAUCCGUCAUAACCCGCGCCAACGACGCAUUCCGUGAACAUUUUCGUGUUUGGGGCGCACUGGGUACGCUUCCCGACGAGGUAGAGAUUAGAAGACAGGUACUCAAGCGAUUGUCAAGCGCAGGUCCAGAAGGGAGUAAAGCUCGCCGUGAGUUCCAAGAAGCAAUCAACUACACUUGUCACGAAUUCCAUGGUUUGGGAAUCGAGAUGGGCCAGCAUUAUACAGGGUCAGCGAUCUAUGACGCCGACGAGCCGCACCCAUAUCGGAAAACUGGCCGUGCAGCGGAUGACGAAAUUCUCUAUCACGAACCCAGCACAUAUCCUGGUUGUCGCCUGCCUCACGCCUGGCUUAACAGUGCUAUUCCAGGAAAGCCCAUAUCUACCAUAGAUCUGGCUGGGCAUCGUGCAUUUGCCCUCUUCACCGGAAUUGGAGGCGAUUUCUGGAAACUAGCAUCAGAGAAGGUCUCUCAGAAUUUGAAUGUCCCAGUGAAUGCAUACUCAGUUGGGUUCAGAGCGGACUGGGAGGAUGUGUACUUUGAGUGGGAGAAACUGAGAGGAGUUGAGGAAUCAGGUGCUGUCCUUGUGCGCCCUGAUCGAUUUGUGGCUUGGAGAGCAAAUAAGAGCAUGGCUAACAUUGAUGAGUGUGAGGCUAAAUUGAUGGACGUGAUGAGGUCUAUUCUCGGAUAUUAGAUAGUUCCGGUUUUACACUGGAUGACACAAUAGAUAGUCUAGAAAAUAGGACGAAUCUGAACUGAGAAGAAACAUAAUGUUGACAUUUGAGAAGUAUUUCCAGA